CAGGGGGCGUGUUCGGGGCGGGAUUUGCUACUGCGCAUCCUGCGAGGUACUACAAACGUUAUGAGUUGUGUAGCAGUGUUCUAGAAGAUUAACUUUUUAUUUUGGUGUUGAAACACUAAUUUUACUAGUGAAAAUGGAUGAAGAUCCCCCCUCUAUUGAAACUGAUCCUGACUUUGAGCCCCAGAGCCGUCCCAGAUCAUGUACGUGGCCUUUGCCUAGACCCGAUCUGUCUGUCAAGCAGGAGACUACACCAGUUGGAACACCGGUUGAGGAAGAGCAGGCGGAGGGCCUGGACUUGACGCAGUCACCGCCUGAGCAGGAUGGGGUAUCGCCUGCUAAGGGGCAGCCUCAACAAGGAUUAGGUGCUGUUCCUCAAAGAAAGGGCAACUCGCGUCGAAAUGCAUGGGGCAAUGAGUCAUAUGCAGAGCUUAUAAGUCAGGCAAUUGAAAGCUCCCCAGAGAAGAGGUUGACCUUGUCCCAGAUCUAUGACUGGAUGGUGAAAACUGUUCCUUACUUCAAAGAUAAAGGUGACAGCAACAGCUCUGCUGGAUGGAAGAAUUCUAUCCGGCACAACCUGUCUUUGCACAGUAAAUUUGUCAAAGUGCAUAAUGAGGCAUCUGGAAAGAGUUCCUGGUGGAUGCUUAAUCCUGAAGGGGGGAAAGGUGGCAAAACUCCAAGGAGAAGGACAUCAUCUAUGGACAAUAGUAGCAAACUAGCUAAAAGCAGGGGAAGGGCAGCCAAGAAAAAGGCAGCUGUUCAGGCAGAGCAAGACAGCAAAGCAGAUAGUCCUGUGUCCCAGUUCACAAAGUGGCCUGGUAGCCCCUCAUCACGGAACAAUGAUGAUGGAGAUGCUUGGACUUGUAUUCGGCCAAGGACAGACUCUAAUGCAAGCACUAUAAGUGGCAGGUUAACUCCAAUCAUGCUUGAGCAGGAUGAUGUGCAGGAUGAAGAUGAAUUGCAUCCUUCUUUGUACAGUUCAUCAAGUAACAUGCCUCCACCAUUGACGGAACACAUCAUGGAGGAACUAGAACUAAUUGACAGUUUGAAUCUUAUGUCCCCAAAGGCAUCAUCUGUGGCAUCAACACAGCAGUCUUUGUCAAGUAACAUCAUGCAGAGGAGCUCUAGUUUCUCUUUCACAUCACAAAAUGCAAGUACAAGCCAUACCUCCACCUAUGGCAACUCUCUAUUUAACCCAGCUGACAUUUCUGCUCAAAAUUUGUACAAACAUCUUACUGCACCACAGACUCUGGAGGCUCUUUUGACAUCAGAAUCGCCUCCACCCCGUGAUGUCAUGAUGACACAAGUUGAUCCAGUUAUGCCGCAAACAGGAAACAGGUUAACCAGCCAGGACAUGAUGCUGCUGGGACAGCAAGGGACCCCAAGUAAAGUCAACCAGCUUGGAAAUAUUCAAAGCCAGCAAUCUGCUAGCAUUGGUUCAAGUACUUUGUCUGCUUCCAUAAAUGUGACAGCAAAUCCUCCAAGUUCAACUUGUAUGUCUCCUCAGAAGCCAUCUCUUCAGACAGCAGCUAGUCAAUCCAUGCAUCUUGAAAUUCAACAAGCACUCCUUUCUGCUGGAACUGCUUCUUUUGGGACUGCAAAUACUGCAAACCUUGAGAAGCUACCCACAGACCUUGAUAUUGAUAUAUUCAUGGAUAAUCUUGACUGUGAUGUGGAUUAUAUCAUUAAUAGUGACCUCAUGGAUGGAGAUGGCUUGAUGGACUUCAAUUUUGACCCUAGCUUGCCCAAUCCAAGCUAUCCAAGUACAACACAAGGAUCUACCCACAACUGGGUUCCAAGUUAAUUUCUGUACUUGAACAAGGUUUCCAAAGGACUCCUCCAGUUUCUGUCCAUUCAGCACGCCAGUAGUCAAACAGAUCUGGUUGGACUGGGCUAACUGCAUAUACUGCUUAAUCUUUAAGAGCACUUCCCCAAGAAGUAUCCAUCACCAUAAGAAUGUGGCUGCUGUUUGAAUGGUAUUUCAUGAGCUAGUAUUUUCCAACAGAAAAUGGAAGCACCACGCCAUAUUUCUUUCUUAUUUUUCUUUGUCAUAUAUAUGUGUGCAGAAAAGCAUACUCAAGUGGUUACUUUUCUUAAGUAUGUUGUUCUCAGAACCGCAGCAGCUUGGGAGUAAAACUUAAAUUUCCAGGGUUUUGAAAGUAUAGUAUUGUCUGAAAAUAAGAAGGAAAAUUGUCACCAAGGCUAAAGUUGCUAUUUGGUUGGAUGUGGAUACUGUUUGCGAUGCUGUUUUGAGGAUAAGGUCAAUGCUGAAGAGUGGUUUCAGUCUGCAGUGAUUUUUCAAGAUCUACUUCCCAAAGUCUUGACACCUACUGUUCUUAUAACAUUACAAGCAGCUAUGAUGCAGUCCUAAAGCAGAGGGGAAGAGGAAACCUUUGAUGCAAGUGUCAACACUAAUUUUAUUAUUAUUUUUUUUUUUUUACUUUGUUUUGGAUUAACUUUGUAUUCCAUUUCAGAAAGGGAAAUGGACUUUGUAGUGGAGCUCUUCCGGAAUGCUUGACAGGGCUCACUGCUGUCUCGGUGCUUCAUAGUUGCAGUCAGCGACAGUUUUUGCCAUCCCCAACAGCUUCGGCCAUCCCCAAGGACUUUUGUUGCUGUGCCAAGCUUUCGAUCAGGUUAACAAAACACAUUCAGGAAGCAAUAAGCAGUUUGGGAAUUUUAAUUACUGUUUCUUUGUUGCUUUAACUGCUUUGUUGAACAUUCUGAUGAUAUUUAGAUAACAGUGGAUGGCUGCAGGCCAAGAAUAACAGAGAUACAGCAGUGACGCAACUGCAGCGUUUCAGGUUAAAAGGCACUGCUUGUAUGUGUAAACAAGCUGACAGGGAAGGGCAACACUCUGUAAAAGCUAUUUCUUAAACUUAUGUACCUGUGAUACAGGGUUCCUACACUUGUAGAGCGCUGUAUAUUCAGUGAUAUGAAAUUUAUAAAAAUGAGUGGAAGGAGUGUGUGCAAAGAACUGACAUGAAAAUUUUCAUCAUUUUAUAAAAUAACAGAUCAUUUAUGAAGUGUACUUUUUAUCCACUGAUUAUUUUAAAGGUACUGAUUGUUGUGCAGACAACCUUUCUUGAGAUUCGUUAGGUGGGGAGGGUAGGAUAGAAAACUUGAAAGUGUAUACAGGGAUUUACAUAAUCUUUCCUUGGCUAGGAGUAUGUUUUAAAAUGCAUAUAUUCUGGUUUGUACAAUAAAUAUGUUGUAGAGCUUUAUAUGUAGCUGCAAAGCAUUAGAAAAACUAUAUUUUUACAAAGCAGGUGAGGAAAAACAAGAGGUAGUAGCUAGUGUUGUGUACAUGUUCCAUAUGUAUAUAUGCAGAUUCACUAAGAGAAAGCCUGGCUUGCAAUUGGUGGAAUCCAGAGACUUUUUUUAUGCAUUUGGUAAGGUACGUAUGUGUUUCAUAAACCACUGUGGUAGUAUGCCUUCACAGUAUUUGCAAAGAGGAGGGGGAAAGCACAAUUGAACACAACUGUAGUGGUAAAUAUAAAGGUUUUUGUACUGUCUGACACGUCAGUUAAAAUGUUAUGUGCCUAUCUCCUCCCACUGUACUUUGAUAAUUGCCAUAACUUAGAUGAAUGAACACGAGUGGGCAAUUUGCAGUGUGGCUUGGGUCAUGGUUUUGAAUGACCUUUAGAUUAGCAAAAUAUGUGGUAAGCUAGGGAUGUAUUAAAGGAAGCUUAUCUCUGGUCCUUUUACUGAUGUUUUUUUUUUAAUAUUGGAUCCCAUCAGUUAAGUUCCAGAGCUUCUUUAAAUACGGCAUUGUUUCAGAGGUGGGUCAUAUGGUCCACUAGAUGCAGGACUGUUGAAUGCUCAGUUGGUGCAGAAUGAGUCAGAAAUGGGACUUUUAUUGCAAGAAACAUGGAAAGGCUAAGGAUGCUGUACUUAGCUGUGUCACGAUGGGGUCGGUGAUGGCUUGUGUGUGGUACCAUUUGUGAUUACAUAUAACUUAUUUAAACUUUCUGGGAGGCCUAAAUAAGUGCCCCUGUGAUCAUAACCAUAACAUGUAUUCAUUUCGUUCUUGGUUCAUUGAGUAAAUAGCUAGAGCUCUGUAAUACAGGGAGAGUAGAGCCUGAGUGCUGUUAAACGUGCUUCUUUGUGACUGUUUAAGAUGUGAUUUUUGGCACUGUCAGUCCAGCCGAAGAUAGGCUCAUUGAAGUUUGCCAGUGGCUUCUGUAGUAUUGCAGAAUGUACCCUGUCAACCUGGAUGUUGACACUGUAGUUGAGCUACGUCCUCCAUACUUCUCAACUGUCCAGAUUUUUGCCUCGUAUUUUUGGCCUGUUUGUAAUAAAUUUGUGGCGUAAUGGCAAAUCACUGAGGACUAAAGUCAGAAAGUAAUGGGAGACAUUUAAGUUUCAGAGUUUAUAUCUUCAGAAAAUUCAUGCUAAUGCAAAACCUGUUGGCCUAUUUUCUAAAUUUGUAAGAUCGAUAUUUAAAAAGUGCCCCUGUUUGGGGGCCUUUGUUCCCAUUAUUUUUGGCUUUGUCCAGAUUUCUUGCUCUUAGAUGUUGAUAGGUAUGACGUUUUCCUGUUCUUGUGAUCCAAAGUCUGAUAUUCUGAAUAGUUCUACCUGCCCCAUGUGGUUUCUGUGACAUGUAGUCAGAACAGGUCUUAACAAAAUUCAUGGAAAAUUUUAAGGGGAAACCUGAAACUUUGACCUAAAACACAGAGUCUUCUUUUAAGAAUUAUUUUCCUUCUGUGUUUGUCAUGUAUGGUAUCCUUUGUCUAACUAUUGAAUGCAUUUGUUUUGUUACAGUUUACAAUUUCAGAAGUGGGCCUUGCAGUUUAACUACCUCCCCUAAAAGUAUAUUUGUAGUAACCUAUAAGUUUAGAUUUAAAAGAGAAACAUUUUUAAAUGCAGUUAGAUUAAAAAGAAUAUAUUUUUCUUAAUUGAGAGUAUAAGCACAUGAAGCAUGGCCGUGUGAUCAGAUUCCACCAAAGAUUGUACAGUACUUUCUCUGCAGAGCAUCUGUAAGUUUGUCUACAUGUGCGUUUGUGUAUGUAUGUGUGUAUACAUAUGUAUAGUGAUGUCUGUGUGUGUGUGUAUGUAUGUGUGUGUGUGUGUGUGUAUA